UGAUUUUUGACGAAGUUAUGAUCAAUUAAUGUUUGACAAGAAAAAAUGUUUUUUGAUGAUUUUGAAUGUUUGGACCGGCUUAUUUUUACCAUCUGUGAACCAAAUUUAUAUUUGGAACUUAUAUACUUUAGGUACGCUUUUUUUAGAAAUGCCUUUUUCUUUCCUUUUUCAUCAAUCAACCAUAAUUUUACGGAAUGGUCAGCCUUUCUUUCUCACUUUUUUCCUUUUCCAUCAUUAUUCUUUUACUUUUUACUUCUCACGCGUCAAUAUUUCAGUUCAUAGUUCUGAGUCGAAUGCACCAAAAUCAGUCCGCGAUAUCUCCGAGCUGAUACAGGGGUCCAAACUUGCCCAAAAAGUGGUGUAA